CUCUCACUCGCCGCAUUCCCUCCCUCCCACGGCGGGCUCUCAGCAAAGCAUGUCGCUGCAUGUCUCCGCCGGAAGCUCCGCACACCGUCGCUGUCCUUCCCUGCGUGGAUUUUGAAUGCGUUCGCAGUUUACAUUGAUCGACUUUUAGGGGGACACGCGGGUGGACUCUCGACGUCACAGAAGACUCUUCUGCCUCCGCUGCGUCGUCGUCGUAUUUGGAGGAUUGCGUUGGCAGCCACCGGGGAGGGGGGUGACCAUGGGAUUUUACGGCACCUUGAAGCUCAUCUUCUUCAAGAUGAAGAGGAAGUUGGAUCACGGCCCCGACGGCCGAACCUUCUCCUCUGGGAAGAAGCAUUGCAAAGGCAAAGGCCACUUCAGUCCUUCCAGUCUGGUUCCAGCCACGCCCACCACAUUCGGAGACCUCCGUCUGGCCAAUGGACAUUCGGCCCAGCGGCGGCGCGUCACCUCUGGCCCGCCGCCCUCUGGUCUACAGGACUGGCUUCACACGUUUCAGGAUUGGAGCGGUCCCGAGAGGCUGCUGGCUCUGGAUGAGUUGAUUGACAGGUGUGAAACAGGCCAAGUGAAGCACAUGAUGCAGGUUAUUGAGCCUCAGUUCCAAAGAGACUUCAUAUCGCUGCUGCCCAAAGAGCUGGCCUUGUACGUGCUGACCUUCCUGGCUCCCAGAGACCUGCUGCAGGCCGCCCAGACCUGCAGGUACUGGAGGACCUUGGCUGAGGACAAUUUGCUGUGGAGGGAGAAGUGCCAUGAAGAAGGUAUAUCAGAGCGCUCCCCCCCUCGACGCAAAAAGUGCGAGGUGGUUAGCGUGUGGAAAUGGACCUACAUCCGACAACACCGCAUCGAGAACAACUGGAAGAAGGGGGACACGCGGAAGGCGAAGCAGGAGUUGAAAGGUCACGACGACCACGUAAUAACCUGUCUGCAGUUCAGCGGAGACCUCAUUGUCAGCGGCUCUGAUGACAACACGCUCAAAGUGUGGUCGGCUGUCACCGGCAAGUGUUUGCGGACCUUGACGGGUCACACAGGCGGGGUGUGGUGCAGUCAGAUGGCAGGUGCUACGGUGAUCAGCGGCUCCACAGACCGGACGCUGCGGGUGUGGAACGCUGAGAGCGGGGACUGCGUCCACACGCUCUAUGGACACACGUCCACCGUGCGCUGCAUGCAUCUGCACGGAAACCGGGUGGUGUCAGGCUCCCGGGACACAACACUGCGCGUGUGGGAUGUCUCGACGGGCCGUUGCGAGCAUGUGCUGACUGGUCACGUGGCGGCGGUUCGCUGCGUCCAGUACGAUGGUCGCCGCGUGGUGUCGGGAGGAUAUGACUACAUGGUGAAAGUGUGGGACCCUGAGUCGGAGGCAUGCCUGCACACACUGCAGGGGCACACCAACAGAGUUUAUUCACUGCAGUUUGAUGGCGCUUUUGUGGUGAGCGGCUCGUUGGACACAUCCAUCCGAGUGUGGGAUGUAGAGACAGGUGGGUGUGUCCACACACUGACAGGCCACCAGUCACUGACCAGUGGGAUGGAGCUGCGUGACCACAUCCUGGUGUCUGGGAAUGCUGACUCCACUGUGCGAGUGUGGGAUAUCCGGACUGGACAAUGUCUGCACACGCUGCAAGGUCCCAACAAGCACCAGUCGGCGGUGACGUGCUUGCAGUUCUGCAGAGAUCUGGUUCUGUCCAGCUCGGAUGAUGGAACGGUGAAAUUGUGGGAUCUCCGGACCGGUGCUUGGCUGCGGGAUGUGGUGGCACUGCAGAGUCGGCAAUCGGGUGGCGUGGUGUGGCGCAUCAAAGCCUCGGACACUCGAUUGGUAUGUGCUGCUGGCAGCAGGAACGGGACAGAAGGGACCAAACUGCUGGUGCUGGAUUUUGACUUGGAUGACAGACAGACAGACCCAAAGAAACAGACCGAGUCGGACAAGGAUGACGGAAAAGAGGAUAUUAUUUACUAAGAACUGACCAGCCUACAUCUUUAACCAAAGUCUGGGGCGGCAGCGAACUUGAACGUGGCCGUUUGAUAAAGCUAAACAUUUCCAUGACAACAACUGAAUGUCGGGGGGAUGAAUGUCGCGAGAGAGGCAGUCCUUAUUGCUGCUAGCCAAUGAGGCCCUUAACACUGAUCUUAUCACGGUUGCUAUAGCAACAGACCUCAUUUUGCAUCAGUGUUGUUCAGCGUAUUUUGCAGUGUGUGGAAGUUAAACAAGUUGGUGGACGAGAUCGUUGGGGAUAAUUCCUGUCAUUGGGUCUCUCAUCAAUCACCUAUUUGCACAUACAAUACGUGGCCAAACACAACAAAAUAUGUUUUUCAUCCAGUGCUAACUAAUUUAUUUUCUAUCCCAAAAAUUACUGAUGACUGGUUUUAGAUGACCACUGAAAAUUAUGAUUUGGGACUUAAUUAUCUGAACAAUGAACACCAAAUAAAUCCACAAAUACAAUACUGAAGUUUUUAAGGAGAGAAUAGGAUAGAUAAUUAAAAAACAAUUUCUCUCUACCAGGUAUGAAGCUGAUGGGAUGUGUUGCCAAGCAACACCUCCAACCAUUUGGUGGAUGUUUGGAGUUUGCCCUAGCAACAGGUGCUAUCUGUGCACGUUUUCAUCUCUGGAUGUUGGGUGGUGCAUGUGUGUGAUCGUGUAAGAUAAUGUAAAUUGCAAAACAAAGGGUGUACAUAUUCUGAUUUUCUAUUUGGGAAAAAAAACUAAAGGAGGAAUGAGGAGCAGAAAAGUGUCAAUAAAGAAAACUUUUGUAAAA